UAUAUGUUAGUAAAAUUUGACCAUGAGAAUAAGAAAGUGCGUUUGCUGCUCUGCGGUGAAGAUGUUCUUCAAACGCUGCAAGACAAGGGGGAGAAGGUAAACCCCAACCACCCAACACUCUGGCGACCAGAAUAUGGCAGCUAUAUGAUUGAAGGGACGCCUGGGCAGCCGUACGGGGGAACCAUGUCAGAAUUCAACACUGUGCAAGACAACAUGAGGAGACGACGGCAGGAAGCUGCUUCUGUUCUCAGAGAAAACGAGGCCGUUUGCACGGUCACGUCGUUUCCAAGGUUAGGGUGUCCUGGGUUUACGCUGCCGGAAUACAAGCCAACACCAGUAGAAGGAGGAGCUUCAAAAUCCCUCUUUUUUCCAGAUGAAGCCAUCAAUAAACAUCCUAGAUUUAGUACACUGACUAGAAACAUUCGGCACCGAAGAGGAGAGAAAGUUGUGAUAAAUGUGCCAAUAUUUAAAGAUAAGAACACGCCAUCACCAUUCAUCGAAACAUUUCCUAAUGAUGAUGGAGAAGCAGCAAAGGCAGCUAAGCCAGACUACAUAUACAUGGAUGCUAUGGGGUUUGGAAUGGGAAACUGUUGUCUUCAGGUAACAUUCCAGGCUUGCAGCAUUUCUGAAGCAAGGUAUCUGUAUGAUCAGCUGGCUACAAUCUGUCCUAUUGUGAUGGCGUUGAGUGCUGCCUCUCCAUUCUACAGAGGCUACGUGUCUGACAUUGACUGUCGCUGGGGCGUCAUCUCUGCCUCUGUAGAUGACCGGACGCGGGAGGAGAGGGGGCUAGAGCCACUGAAGAACAACCAUUAUAGAAUCAGUAAAUCCAGAUAUGAUUCCAUAGACAGUUAUCUAUCUGAAUGUGGUGAAAAAUACAAUGACAUUGAUUUGACAAUAGACAAAGAUAUCUACGAGCACCUAAUAAAGGAAGGUAUCGAUCACCUUUUGGCACAGCAUAUUGCACACUUGUUCAUUCGAGACCCAUUGACUUUGUUUGAGGAGAAAAUACAUCUGGAUGAUGCAAACGAAUCUGACCAUUUUGAGAAUAUUCAGUCUACAAACUGGCAGACAAUGAGGUUUAAGCCGCCUCCCCCAAAUUCAGAUAUUGGAUGGAGAGUGGAAUUCAGACCUAUGGAGGUCCAGUUAACAGACUUUGAAAACUCUGCCUAUGUUGUGUUUGUGGUGUUGCUAACCAGAGUGAUUCUGUCAUAUAAACUGGAUUUUCUCAUUCCUUUGUCCAAGGUGGAUGAAAACAUGAAGGUGGCCCAGAAAAGAGAUGCUGUCCGGCAGGGAAUGUUUUACUUCAGAAAAGAUAUUUGCAAAGGUGGAAACACGGUUGUGGAUGGAUGUGGCUCUGCACAGAACGGGACAGGCACCGAUGUGGAGGAGUACACCUUAAUGAGCAUUGAUACAAUUAUCAAUGGGAAGGAAGGAGUCUUUCCUGGUUUGAUCCCAGUUUUGAAUUCCUAUCUUGAAAACAUGGAAGUGGAUGUGGACACAAGGUGCACCAUCCUGAACUACCUAAAGCUAAUAAAAAAGAGAGCAUCUGGAGAAUUAAUGACAGUUGCUCGAUGGAUGAGGGAAUUUAUUGCACAGCAUCCAGACUACAAGCAAGACAGUGUGAUAACUGAUGAAAUGAAUUACAGCCUGAUUUGGAAAUGCAACCAAAUUGCACAAGGCCAGACAGAGUGUCCUGAACUAUUGGGGGUAGGAUUUAAUAAGAAACAAAGUGGUAACAAAACUGGCUCGUUGUAAUGAAUGAAUGUUUCUUAAAUAAUAGAAAGUUUAAGCCUUUUAGCAAAGCACUAGCAAAGAUACUGUGAAUCUGGUACAGUUUCAUGGUGUGAAGACCAAAACAGGGAUACUGCACUAUAAAAUGGGCCAAUCUGCCUAAAUAUUCGUUUAAGGCAUCCUAAAAUGGGCAUAUUCUUAUUGUUAAGGUUUAUACAAUGUACAUGUAAAUAGUAAAAUAUUUUUAUGAUUAACAUCAAUGUAUUUUAAUAACACUGUAUCUAAAGUUAUUGUGAAUUAGCUUGUAACUUUUUUAUGCUUAUUCUAGAAAGAAAAAUUGUCCUGAACAGGCUUGUAAAUGUAAUGGUACUUGUAUAUUAUAUGCAUUCCAGCUACUGAAUGUUUACUGUAAUUUUUUUAACCUGGAAUGUGUUAAGUAAUUUACCUUA